AUGGGUUCUCACGCAACUGUCUCUCCUCAGCCUCACGUCCCCGCGGGGGGUGUCUGGUGCCCUGCCGUCACAUUCUUCCACCAUGGCACCGACUCGCUAGAUCUCACCUCACAAUCCCAAUACUUCACCUACCUUUCCAAGACCGGCCUCGCCGGGUUGGUCAUCCUGGGCACCAACUCCGAAGCCUUCCUGCUCACACGCGAGGAGCGAUCCCAGCUGAUCGCCACUGCGCGCGCUGCUGUAGGCCCCGAUUUCCCUCUGAUGGCUGGUGUGGGUGCCCACUCAACUAAGCAAACCCUGGAGCUGGCCCACGAUGCGGCGGCGGCCGGUGCCAACUAUCUCCUUGUUCUGCCUCCAGCCUACUUUGGCAAGGCCACUAACAUGAACGUGGUGAAGCGCUUCUUCGCUGAAGUAGCCGCCAAGGCCCCGCUGCCCGUGGUGGUGUACAACUUCCCCGGCGUUUGCAACGGGGUGGACAUGGAUUCUGAUACCAUCGCUGCGAUCACAAAGGAAUCGGCUGCAUCACACCCGAGCGGGCGAUCUAACGUGGUGGGGGUCAAGCUCACCUGUGGAUCCGUGGGCAAGAUCACUCGGCUGGCUGCCGAAUUCGCGCCUGCCGACUUUGCGACGUUUGGUGGGCAAUCCGACUUCCUGAUUGGUGGCCUCGCAGCUGGCAGUGUUGGGUGCAUUGCUGCCUUCGCCAACGUCUUCCCCAAAGUGGCCUCCCGUAUUUAUGCCCUGUACCAGAAGGGUCAAGUGGAUGAGGCUGUGAAGCUGCAGCGCAAGGCGGCCCUCGCCGAGAGCCCCAUCAAGAGUGGCAUUGCAUCCACGAAACAUGCGGUGGCCUGUUAUUCCGCUCAACUUGCUGGGAUCUCAGACGCCGUUGCCAACUUGGCUCCUCGUCACCCCUAUGAGGAGGUGGGUGAAGGGCCCAAGAAGGCAAUCCGCGAGGUGAUGGCCGAGGUCGCGGAGAUUGAGAAGAGCCUGUAA